AAUAAACAAGGAAGUGAAACUUGUUGUGUGGGAUACUUAUCACCUCUCCUUUACUACAUUGGCAGCAGUUUACUGCUGUGCUCUUAUAGCCAUGCCUUUGGAUUGCGGUGGCUCAGUGGGUGUUUGUUCAUAACACAGUGCGCUACUUCCAUUUGCACAUAUCUAUGAAAAGAAGAUGAAUCUCUGGCUAAGCAAGCUACUUGGCAUCUAGAGCUGUGACGAGCACCCAUCCUACCACAAACAAUAGACGAAAAGGCACGUUGCACGCAGCACCUGCAAAUCCAAGUGCAGACGGGUGCACGUGUGCGGACAAAGAAGGUUACUAAGGUCGUGUAAACUAA